AUGAAGCACCUCAUUCUCACCGGGGCAUGCUAUGUCGACACAAUCUUAAGCAUUCCCCGAUUUCCUGGCGAAGACGACAAGCUGCGCGCAACUGCCUGCCAGAUCCGUCGUGGCGGCAACUGUCCCAACUCGAUCGAGGUGCUGCUGCAGCUGCUGCAGCCGCCAAAGAGCGCGAACGUACCAGGCGCAGACCAAGACGCCGAAGUGGCCACGUACCUGGUCGCGAGCCUCCCUGCGCGCGAUGCGCCGGCGACGGCCAUGAUCGCACGCUCGUUUCGCCCCGCAGCGGCUGGCGUCGACGGGGACGCCCGCCGGCCCAACCUUGAUCUGUGCCUGUACCGCGACGGCCACAUGGCACCCGCGAGCAGCUACGUCCUGCGGUCGGCCGCCACAGGCUCGCGCACGAUUGUCAACCACAGCGACCUGCCGGACAUGACGGCGGACGAGUUCCUGGCGGUGGCCGUCCGAUUUUUUGACAGCCAGACGUCCCCCGCAGCCGCCACGCGCCACACGUCGUCCACCGUCUGCAGCUGGUGGCAUUUCGAGGGCCGCAUCCCCGAGACGACCUCGGCGUGCAUCGAGCAUCUCCUCUCGAGGCGCGACGCAAGCAACGACAUUGUCAUUAGUGUGGAGGUCGAGAAGCCCGACCGCAAAGGACUGCGAGACCUGGCCGCCAUGGCCGAUGUUGUCUUUUACUCCAAAUCCUGGGCCGAGGACCAAGGAUACGACAGUGCUGAAGCCUGCCUUUGUGGUGAAGCCGCGUCGCUACCUCAAGCUUCACUGCUUCUCUGCACAUGGGGUGCACAGGGCGCUUCGGCGCUCGCUCCGGGGUCAGGAGACCAUGUCGUGUCUUGUCCGGCGUCGCCGGUCCCAACCUCCAAGGUUGUCGAUGCGGUCGGCGCUGGCGAUACAUUUGUGGCCGGCAUUCUGUACAAACUGGUUUCACUAAGCGUGCAGGGGGAGAGCCCGCACCUGGACGUCAGUGAUGACACAGCCAGGGCAGCACUCGCGUUUGCUGUUGACCUGGCCACACGCAAAAUCCAGAUAGACGGAUUCCAGGGACUGGUUUAG